GUCUUUGGUUUUUGCUGUGGGUUUAGUGAAUUUUUAAAAUAUGUGAUAUUUAAUUAAUUAAUGAUUUAACCUAUUUUACAAAUAUCUUACAUAUUUCACCGGCCACCCGACGCAUAAUAAACAAUUAUCACAACAUAUCUGCUAUAGUGAUAAACCAUGGCAGAGUUGUUAUUGGACCCUAACAUUCGGUUAUGGGUGUUUUUACCCAUAGUUAUCAUCACAUUCUUGGUUGGGAUUGUAAGGCAUUAUGUAUCGAUCAUACUAUCUUCCCAGAAGAAAAUUGAACUACUGCAAGUGCAAGACAGUCAGGUGAUGAUAAGAGCACGAUUACUCCGUGAGAAUGGCAAAUAUUUGCCUCGACAGUCAUUUGCGAUGCGGCGGCACUGGUUCAACAAUGAAGACACUGGCUAUUUUAAAGUGCAGAAAAGAGUGGCCGCUUCCCAGAAUCCUAUGACAGAUCCCGGCAUGAUGACAGACAUGUUGAAGGGUAAUGUGACCAAUGUGUUGCCCAUGAUAGUUAUUGGUGGCUGGAUCAACUGGAUGUUUAGCGGCUUCCUAACAACCAAGGUUCCCUUCCCAUUGACCCUGCGCUUCAAACCCAUGCUGCAGAGAGGAGUAGAGCUGGCAUACUUGGAUGCCUCCUGGGUAUCCUCGGCUUCAUGGUACUUCCUCAAUGUGUUUGGUCUGCGUACUAUCUAUACUCUGGUUUUGGGAGAAAAUAAUGCUGCAGACCAGUCGAAGGUGAUGCAGGAACAGAUGGCAGGGCCAGCGAUGGCAAUGCCACCAGACUCAAAGGCUGCCUUCAAAGCAGAGUGGGAGGCUCUGGAGAUUACUGAACACCGCUGGGCACUCGCUUCCUCUGAGGCGGAUAUAUUAGCAGCUACAGAACAACCUCAAUAGUCAAAUUUUAGAAUAAGCUUAAUGUAUAUCAAAAUUAUGUAUUUAUUUGAAAUAACUAGAGCAUGUGGUGAUGGAACGUAUUGAAAUUUGCAUUGUAAGUGGCGUGCACAAGGUUUUUAAUAAGGGUAGGCAGUUAUUACAGAAGGUUCGUACAGAGUCGCCAGGAUAGGCACUUGUACAGCCUCUAUAUGUCUAAGGACUCAUUCACACGGCUGUAUUAAUGAAGAAAUUGUCCAAUUUGUAUGUCUAGUGCCUCCCCAGUAGGCUAGUCAAGGAUUUAGCCUCAGAAAAAACCAAAAAAGAUUAAACUGUGAAAUCUCUCGUCUCACUGCCAUAUGAUGAUGCACUGCUGAACUGCAGCAGCAGUUCAUUGGAAUUGGAAAAUGCAGUUUAUUUCCAUAAAUCAUGAAAAUCAGUUUGGUAGUUUCAAAGAUUAUUUAUGUGUAUUAUUUGUAUGUUGUAUGUGUUAAAAAUUACAUAAACGAUUUUGUUCUGUUACUCUUUACCUCGUGACAUGGCGUGCACAGAGCUUCAUACUAGGGUAUGAAAUAUUAAAUUGAAAAUUUUAAAUCUGUGCAGUUAUAAAGUAAUAUCAUUAUUUUAAUUAAAUGAACUAAAGAUCCAUUAGCAUUGUAAAAUAAAGCAAUUAACUUCCUACAGUCACCAUUUGCAUUUACCUUUAGGUGAUUGUUUAUAGACAGUGGUUCUAAAGUGUAAAGCAUUUCUCAUUGUUUUUAUUAUGUUUCAAUGUGAAUAAAUAUUUACGAAUUUUA